CUAAGGCUAUUUCACAGGAAUCUCUUAAUGAGAGUCUCAUUAUGGUGAUGCCAUUAACUGAAUGUUGACUGUAAAUUGUUUCCAAUUGUAAUCAGUUAAUCUGGUCCAUAUUAGAAUCUUAGUUAAUUGUUUCCUAUCAGAAUGAACGAUCUAUCACAAAGGCGUCUCUCGACUGCUGGAGAUUCUCUUUAUAUUGUGUUAGGUGUGCCUAAAACCGCAACACCAGAAGAAAUCAAAAAAGCUUAUAGAAAGUUUAAGAAAAACAAACGCCUUCGUAUGAUGCGUUUGCUGAUUGUUCAUAUUGCUCAGAAUUAUUAUGAUGAAAAGGAUUAUAAAAAUUGUUUAAUUCACCUUAAUCGAGUGCUGCCCUUCUUUCGGGUAGAAAAGUGGAAAUUAAUUCUAAAUGCAACAUUAACCACUGCCUUGCAUGCUGCAUAUUUGUCAAUUAAUCCAAUUGAAUUUGUCCAACUUGGUUUCGAAUCAAUUUCAGCGUGGAUUCCCAAUGAAGCUUCUUGGAAAUUGUUGAUCCAACAAUCAGUUCUAAAUGUUUUAUCUCACGAACCACCUUGUUUACUCUUCCCUGAUUUGGAAGCAGAAGAGAAUGAAUCAAUUACUAGUUCAUGGAGAACUAUGUUGUCUUCGUCACCUUUCACCGAUUCACCAAUUAACAUGGAGAUGAAUACAAUCGCUUCAUUCAUUGAGAUUAAACCAGUUUUUAGCCAAAAGGUUUUCCAAUGGCAACAACCUGUUGAUUUAAAGGUUUACCUACUUCUCAAUUCACCAAUGCCUUUUGUCUUUGAUAAAUUGAGUUUAGCCUUUAAUGAACCUUAUUACAAUCAAUUUUGUGAAGAAAUUAGUCCAUCUCUCAACUUAGAACCCAUGGUGAUGAAAUGUUUAAACUUUAAUUUGAUUGUUCGAAAAGAAGAUUGUGGUAAAUUGUUGAAAAUUACAAAAAUCUCACUUUACUUUGGUAGUCAAUCAACUAAAGUGACUUUCGAUUGGACUUUUGAAGAUUCAACAAGUGAUUCUCAAAUGAAAUGUUUCAAUAGUCACAAUUCCUGCCUUCCAUCCCCAUCCUCACUAAUUACCACAAUUAAUUAUCCAAUCAAAUUUUACCACAUAGAACCAAUGUUAACUACAUUCUUGGAACCACGUAAACCAAAUGUUAAUUUGAAACUAAUCAACUCAUCACCAGCACUUCUCAAUGAAAUGUAUCCAAUAGAAAUCGUGAUCGCCAAUCAAGAUGAUUACAGUAUUAAAGACAUUUUCCUGAUGAUUGUCAAAGUGGAAGACGUAACAAUAUCAAUGACCACCAACCAGCCUGCGGGUGUUUGUACCUCUUUCAUUUUUGAUGGUUCACCUUUACCUCUUGGUGUUAAUCAAUCAUUAACUUCAUCAAUAGUCGAACCUGGAUCGAGUUUGGUGAAAACGGUUUAUCUGCCAAUCAAUGAUCUUAAUCCUCAACGUUUUAUAUUUACUGUUUAUUUUACAAGUACCAACUCUUCAUCACCAACAAUCAUUAAUAACGAUGAUAACAAUAUAUGUUAUCAACUUAAAGAAAUGAUUUCCAUUCAAGUUAUUAAUCCAUUCAAUGUAUCAUUUACAACUUGUACUCCUCUCAAUACUCCGUCACGAGUGAUCCGUCUCAUGGAACCGUUUGUUUUAAAAGUGGACAUCAGCUGUUUAUCUCCAUUUACUCUUGAAUUAAUUGAUUGUAAUGUUGAAUUACAUCAGAAUAUUUUUCACACUCUUCCUUACACUCCAACAAAUUCAAACAAAUUACUUCGUUGUGGUGACAAAACUGAUUGUCACUUUGCUCUUUACUCUGAAAGUCAAAUUACUCAAGACACUGGAUUAGGUGUAUUGGUUAUACGAUGGAGGAAAAGUUCAUCAUCAUCAAAUGAAAAUAAACAAUUGACAAGUGACAAAUUGACUAAUCAACAAGAACAGGAAACUUCUUCUAGUGGAUUUGAUCAAAUUAAUACAAUUAAAUUUAAUCUACCCUCAGUUAUGGUUCAAAAUAGUUUCCUCUAUGUUGAAACUAAAUUACCCAAAUUUGGUGUUACCCGGGAAAGUUUAUUGUUAACUUAUAAUUUAGCUAAUCGAACGGACAAUUUUCUCCCAAUCUCAUUAAGUUUGGAGAAAAGUGAUAAUUUCAUGUUCGCUGGUAAUUCUUCAGUUAAAUUAUCAAUUCCAGCUAAAUCACAAUUACCACAAUUAUUUGUUUUAUAUCCUCUUGUCUGUGGUCAUGUGGCAUUACCAAAAUUAAAGAUUAUAAUUUACCCUGAAACUGAUGAUCCAAUUGAUAUGGAAGAUGUUCUGGAAGAUAUUGUUCCCUCUUACCUUAUGGUUAUGCCUCAAAGGAAAAUCAAUACUCCAGUUUGAUUCAAUUUAUCAGCCAUAAGGAAACAUUCUAAUCAUAAACAAUUUAUUACAACAGCAUAAAUUCCAACUGUUCAUUCAAAAUGGAACCAACUUAUCAAUAUAAGAAUGAAUUAAAUCUAAUAGAUUACAAUCAAGUCAGAAUUUGUAACAAUCAAAUUUUUAUUUGUCUUUUACUAGCCAAUGCUAGUCGCGGCCUAGGGUCUCG